AUGCAUAAGCCAACUCUCUUAAUCUCUCUUCUUUUCUUCAUUCUCCCAUCAGUCUCCAUCGCUGGAAACGCAGCUGUUCAUGUUCGUGGAAGACUCGUUUGCAAUGGAAAACCAUUCAAAAAUGAGAAAGUUGAACUGUAUGAUAAGAACAAAGUUAAAAGAGACACCAGAAUUCUCACAACGAAAACUGACGAGCUUGGAAAUUUUGUGAUCCAGGCAUCAAUUAACGAGUGGACGUUCUUCACUCCAAAUCCAUACAUUUAUUUCCCCAAUUAUUGCGUCCUCACCACUAAAAUUGGCUCCUUCGAAUGUGCAAAUGGAAUCAAAAUUUUCGUUCCGGAGGCUUUUGUUCACGAGGGACAUCUUCCGAAAUCGACAUUUGACAUCGGAGAAGUGGAACUUUCGAAUGUGAAGACAGAGCAACAAGGGCUUGAGAGACUUGUCUACUCGAUUUUCGACCAACAAGAAUGCCGAGAUGUUUGA